AUGCUUCAUCAACAAUUGGAAUUGGGAAUAAACAUUGCUCUGUUGCAAGAACCAUAUAUUAAACUGGAUGGUACAAUUGAGGGAGCUUCACUCACUCUAAAACAAUUCUUCUCUGAUAAUAAACUUGCAGCAAUAGUUGUAAAUAGUGCUUUUAAUCCAACUUUAUGGCAUACUACGGAACACACUGUUUCCAUUUUAUUGGAUGUAAUGGACCUCCUCUUAAUUAUAAGCGUCUAUUUUCCUCCAAGCCAAAAUAUUGAUAACUUACUAUUUGAAUUAGAUUUCUUACAUCGCACCCAGACCCAAUUUAUUUUGUUGGGCGGAGACUUCAAUGCUUCGAGCUCUUUGUGGGGCUCAUCAAUGGAAAAUGCCAGAUCAUCAACGUCGGUGCUUGAAUUUAUUGAAUCUCACUCAUUAAUAAUAUUAAACGCAACGGACUCUCCUCCAACUUUUCUAACUAGUCGUGCUAGAGGUUGGCCUGAUAUAACUCUUUCUUCUCUGCAACUUACUCAAUUUAUUAGUAAUUGGUCAGUAGUAGAUGAUAUAAUAACCUUGAGUGACCACAAAGCAAUCACAUUCCUCCUUGAGUCACCAUGUAAUUUUAUAGUUAAGAGACGUUUUAAGAUAAAUUUUCAUCAAUUCGAAGCUUUUAGAGCAAAUCUUUCUCCUUAUUUGGAGGAGAUUAUUUCGCAAUUUCAGAAUUGCUCCACACGGAAGGAACUUGAUAUUGCAUAUGAAAAUUUUAUUAACAUCUGCUCUAAUGUUUGCAAACAUACUUUUAAAGUUAAACAAUAUCGUUAUCACUCUUCAGCUUCAUGGUGGACAACAGCUUUAGCCAAAGAACGCAGUGAAGUGCGAAAGAAACGACGUCGCGCACAGGCAGAGAAAAACUCCUUCUCUCCGUCAACAACUUUUUCAGUUAUAUAA